AUGGCACCAAUCAUCGACAACAACAGCAACGCGUACUCGAUGGAUGAGGAGUUGGAAGCAGAGGCCGUCGUCCUGAAGCAGAUUCAGAACAAGUUGUCUGAGACGAUGGGAAAGAUGACCCCGCCCACUGAGGAGGAGCAGAAAGUGAUAGACGCGAAGUCCGUCUUCAUAGGGAACGUGGAGUAUGGAGCGACGAUCGAGGAGCUUCAGGAGCACUUUAAGGGCUGCGGGGAGAUUGUGAGAACGACGAUCCCAAAGGAUAAGAUGACGAAUAGGCAGAAGAAUUUCGCGUACAUAGAAUUCGAAUGUGCUUCCAGCGUGGAGAACGCGACUGUGAUGAAUGGAUCUAGCUUCCGUGGACGUCAGAUAACAGUCACUUCGAAACGGACCAAUAAGCCUGGUAUGGGAGUUUCGAGAGGAAGAGGUGGAGGAUUCAGAGGAGGUCGUGGAGGUCAGCAGACCGUUGUUAUCAAGUACGUGUAUGUAAAUGGACCAGCACCAAGAGGUCGUGGAGGAUUCCGUGGAGGAAGAGGUCGAUUCAAUCCUUAUUGA